UCCCUCAAACUCAGAACUCCAACUCCAAGUCCCAACUCGAAUAGUCGCAUGACUCGCAUCUGCUCUUGAUCUCCUUCGUCCUUCCUCAACCCUAACUAGUCCUCCAACAAAACCACUAUCUUGUCAUUGUAUCACCAUAUUUAGUCGGCGGCGCCACCACCUUUAAUCGGAAUACCACCUCUUCCUCUCUGCCUCUGCUAUUAUCGCUGAAAAUGGGGAGCAGAUCUGAAGCUGGGCCUGUGAAUGAGCAAGCAGUUGCCAACUUGUAUGGUUCGAUGAGGACAGAACUAAACCAAAUAUAUUCAAAGAUGACAGAGCUGGAGAUAGAAGUAAGCGAGCAUUCGUUGGUGAUGAACGCAAUCCAACCGCUUGAUCCGUCAAGGAGAUGCUACCGUAUGAUUGGAGGUGUGUUGGUAGAAAGAACAAUUAAAGAGGUAUUGCCAGCUGUGCAGCGGAACAAGGAGGGUAUUGAAGAGGUGAUUGGCAGGCUGAAUGAAGCUUUGGAGAGAAAGAAGAAAGACAUUGCUGAGUUUGAGGCCAAGUACAAAAUUAGGAUAAAAAAGUCGGAUAAUGAUGUGAAAGAGGAUAGUAACAAGAAAGAAGGUAAUGCCCAGGGAGUUCUAGUAGGCCCUGCUGCUGCUACUGAAUCAAAAUAGGUUUUGUAAUGUUAGUUUUGUCAACUUCUCCUUGCGCUUGCGCUUGCGCGCUCGCUCAUAGUUUGGACGGUCUAGCAGCAAAACCAUUUUUCACAUAGUAAGUUUUUAGUGUUGUGUUCGGAGGUGAGAAGGUUUUAUCUUUUUUUGUGGAUUAUGAUAAUAGUACUCCCUCCGUCCCAAAAUUAUCUUCCUGCUUUUCUAAACGAGCGUCCCAAAAUUAUCUUCCUGUUUCUAAUUUUGGCUACUAAGGUCUUCACUUUUUUAUGUACUAUAUUAAUUAAAAUUGAAUUGAAAACCCCA